AAGCUUCUAAAGGCGGUGGCGUUGAGAGGACGCAGCCGGAGGGCGGAGCCUAGGUUGCUAAAGGACUCAAAAGUUGGCGCUGCUGGGUGAUCCAGGAGGGUGUGCAGGGCACCGAGGGGCAGAGCUGGAGGCAGGGUGUCACGAUCUCGUUUGGCCCUGUGGGCUGCGUGCCUGCAGCGGGCGGCCAAGCCCUCACCUGACCGAGCGGGAAUUUCCGGUCCCUUGCGCUGGCUUUUGGAGGAAAAUGAAAGUGAAAGGGGGAAGCCGAGAACAGAGUAGAGGAGAUCGCAGCGCCAUGAAGCCUCUGCCCCUGCUUGUCGCUGUGGCUUUGGGCCUGGUGACCGCCGUCUCGGCUGGACCAGCUGCGAUUGAGUGCUGGUUCGUGGAAGAUGCAGGUCGGGGUAGCCUAAACAAGAAACCUGGCUCGUUGCUGCUGCGCCAGGGUCCCAUGGGUCCACCGCCCCGGCCAGAUCUUGACCCUAAGCUAUACUUCAAGGUGGAUGACCCAGCGGGAAUGCUCCUGGCUGCCUUCAGGCGGUACCCCUCAGGCGCCCCCACGCCACACUGCGAGAUGAGCCGCUUCAUCCCGUUCCCCGCCUCCGCGAAUUGGGCUAGACAUCUGAUCCCGCAGCGGAGCUGCCCACGGGCCCUGGAUGGGGAUUGGCUGCUGGUCAGCGUGUCCAGCACCGUCUUCAGCCUCUCUAGCUUGCUGCGACCACAGCCGGAGCCUCAACAGGAGCCCGUCUUCAUCACCAUGGCAACAGUGGUGCUGACUGUCCUCACCCACAGCCCUGUUCCCCAGAUCCAGCUGGGAAAAGAUGCAGUGCUGGACCUGAGCUUUGCCUACAUGCCCCCUGUUCUGGAAGAUGCUCUGUCUCCAGCCACCGGCCCCCCUCCCUUUGGGCUAGAGUGGCGACGGCAGCACAGGGGCAAGGGUUACCUGCUGCUGGCUGCAACUCCUGGGCUGGCUGGGGAAACGCCACCAGCCCAAGAAAAGGCCGUGGCCUUUGCUGCUUGGGAUGACAAUGAGCCCUGGGGCCCGUGGACCGGGAAUGGAACCUUCUGGCUGCCAGCUGUGAAGCCUUUUCAGGAGGGCACCUACCUGGCCACUGUGCACCUGCCCUAUCUACAAGGACAGGUCUCCCUGCAGCUGACUGUGCACAAGCCCCCCAAAGUGUCUCUGACACCAGCACCCCUUGUGUGGGCUGCUCCAGGAGAGACACCCCCGGAACUGAUCUGCCUUGUGUCCCACUUCUACCCUGAGGCGGGCCUGGAGGUGGAGUGGGAGAUCAGAGGUGGCUCAGAAGGCGGUUCUAGAAAGGCCGAGGGGGAGACAUGGCUGUCCACCGUCCGCCACCAUUCCGAUGGCUCUCUCAGCCAGGCUGGGCACCUGCGGCUGCCCCCAGUCACUGCCAAUCAGCAUGGAGUACGCUAUGCUUGUCGGGUCCGCCACCCCAGCUUGCCAGCAUCAAGGCGCAGUGCUGAAGUCACCUUGGAGGUGGCAGGCCUCUCCCGACCCUCAAUCGAGGACAGCGUAGGCCUGUUCCUAUCCGCCUUUCUCCUUCUGGGACUCAUGAAGGCACUAGGCUGGAUUGCAGCCUACCAGACCAUUUCUGAAGACUCAAAGGAAAAGGCGGCAGCUGCCAGCCUGGACUCAAAGAAGUCACAAUAAGGCACAGUUUCUGUGGAAGCCACCUCAUCUUUGCCCAGAUGAUUCCAGUAGCCCCUCCACCAACAGCUUCUCUUCAAGACAUCUACUCUUUCCACUGAGCAUGCAGCUAGGGUUGUUUUUUACUUUUGUUGUUGUUUUUGUUCUUGUUUUUAGACAAGGUCUCUCCAUGUAGCCUUGGCUGGCCUCGAAGUCCCAGAGAUCCAUCUGUCCCUGCCUCCAGAGUGACGAAAGGCAUUGGCCACCAUACCUUGAGGAUUAUUAUUAUUUUAAUUCUUGAGGCUCGAAGGCAGAGGUUCUCAAAAUUUUGGGUCCCAAUACAUGUUAAAAUGAUCAAGAAGCCCAAAGAGUUUUUGUUAUGUGGGCUAUUAGAACUUAACUUAAAAAAAUAAAAUAGAAAAAAGAAGAAAAGAAAGAAAAAGUGACCUACGUCUUUGAUCCAUCACUUGGCACUCCAGACUCCGGAGGUGGAGGCAGGCUGGCAUGAAACUCACUUGAGUCUUAUGCCAACCUGAUUUACAGUAGGGAGUUCGAGCUUAGCCAGGGUGGGGUUCUGUUCAGAGAACUAAACAUGCAGGUCAUGGCCCCUCUAAGACCAUCGGAAAUAUCAGUGUUUACACAUUAGGAUUCAUAACAACAGCAAAAUCACAAAUAUGAAGUAGCAACGGAAAUAAUUUUAUGGUUGGGGUUACCACAUUACGGGAAACUGUAACAUUAGGAAGCUGGAGAAUCACUGGCUAUAUAAUUACAACGACUAAGGGAUCAGAGCAUCUUAACGUGCUGGGGACCUCUGGGACAGCUCACGACGGUUCUAGAGCCCAGCGGUCCGUGUAUCUCCCAUGAGUAAUGCCUACUUCUCCAGCUCCCUUCACACCACAGCGUUUCUUCCGCUUGCUCUACCUACCUUCGCCAUCUUUGGGCCCCAGGCCUGAUGGGCCUCGUCCUUCCACGGACUAAAGGAUGUUCGUCCUCUCCUGCCCGCCCGCCCGCCAAGACACCGGUCUAGUCGCGUGCCAAUAAAACUGUUUCAAAGUUUU